AUUCUGCAACAGAACGCCUGUCUACAGACACGCCAGGCCGGAAGAUGUCUUCAUUGCCAAGAAGAGCAAAAAUACAGGCCCAGAAUGUGGAACCCAAAAAUGAAUUGUCUUUCUUCUCUGAGUUGUCAUCAGGCUCUGAAGAAGAUGACCAGGAAGAUAGUAUUUGGGAACCUCAGAAGAAAGUCCCCAGAAACCGUAAGCAGCCUGCUUCCAAGGAGUCCAAACAAAAGCAGGGGCGGCGGGUGAAGAAGAACACCCCACGGAUGGAUGCUGUAUCAAAAGACCUGGCUGUUAAGGAGGAGUUGAAUAGCCCUGUAGCUAUUGUUGAUGCCAGUUUGGAAGAGAAAAAUCACAAAUUACAUACGACAAAGACUCUGAAAACUGCAGCGAAAAAACAAAAAAACUCAGUACAGAGGGCCAAAAGAAAGUUGAAAGUUGAUGAAGAAACCAGCCAAGCCAGCCCCUUAGAAGGUGGAAAUAGCAAUAUGGGGAUACCAUCAACAAGCACCACUUGGGAAGAUGUCUGCAAGAAGGAAGAAAGUGAAGACGACUUCACAUUUGGUCAGUCCCCUUUGAAGAGGAUGAAGACUGAGGCCUGUCCUCAGGGGAAGCCUGUCAAGUUUCCUGACGGUGCCAGCAGCAUUAAAGAGGAGGUGGAGAUGAACUGGGACAUAGUGCAGGUUUUAUCUGAGAGAACUAAUAUUGAACUUUGGGUUUGUGCCAAUAUCAUACGCCUCUUUAAUGAUGACAAUACAAUUCCCUUCAUUAUACGCUAUCGAAAAGAGCUCGUUAAUAACCUCGAUGCCGAUUCCUUGAGAGAAGUUCGCCAGACCCUAGAUGAGCUACGGACGGUUGCAAAGAAGGUUCAUAGUACAAUCCAGAAAAUUAAGAAGGAGGGGAAGAUGUCUGAGUGCUUGCUAAAAGCCUUGUUGAACUGUAAAACAUUUGAAGAACUAGAACACGUGUCUGCUCCAUAUAAAACGGGGAGCAAAGGCACCAAAGCCCAGAGAGCAAAACAGCUGGGACUAGAAGGAGCAGCGCAGCUACUGCUGGAAAACCCGGGACAGCUCAACCUGUUGUCUUACGUCAAGCCUGGUGUUAAAGGCCUGUCUGAGCUCAAGGAUAUUGAGACAGGAGUACAACACAUUCUAGCAGACAUGAUUGCUAAAGACAAGGACACGCUUCACUUCAUUCGGGACUUGUGCCAACAUAGAUACAUUUGUAUCCAGUCAUCUCUUGCAAAAGUAUCCUCAAAAAAAGUAAAUGAAAAAGAUGUUGGUAAGUUUCAACUUUACCAGAACUUUUCCUGCAACAUAAGGAACAUCCAUCAUCACCAGAUUCUGGCCAUUAACCGUGGAGAGAAUUUGAAGAUACUGACAGUGAAGGUCAACAUUUCUGAUGGAGUGAAAAACGAGUUCUGUAGGUGGUGCCUACAAAACAGAUGGAGGCCACGUGGCUUUGCACGGCCAGAGUUAAUGCAGAUCUUACGUAAUUCCCUGGAUGACUCCUUUAAACGCCUUAUUGUUCCUCUCCUCUGUAGAGAGUUCAGAGCCAAACUGACAUCAGACGCAGAGAAGCAAUCCGUGAUGUUGUUUGGACAGAACCUCCGCCAGCUCCUUUUAACAAGUCCUGUUCCAGGCCGCACCUUGAUGGGAGUAGAUCCUGGGUACAAACAUGGAUGCAAACUAGCCAUCAUUUCUCCUACUAGUCAGAUUCUUCAUACUGAUGUGGUUUAUUUGCACUGUGGACAAGGCUUCCGAGAGGCAGAGAAGAUCAAGAGGCUUUUGCUGGAUUUCAACUGCAGCACAGUGGUGAUUGGAAAUGGAACUGCCUGCCGGGAGACCGAAGCGUACUUUGCCGACCUGAUAACGAGAAAUUUCUUUGCACCGCUGGAUGUCGUUUACUGUAUCGUCAGUGAAGCAGGGGCUUCCAUCUACAGUGUCAGCCCGGAAGCCAACAAAGAGAUGCCGGGGCUGGACCCCAACCUGAGGAGUGCAGUUUCCAUAGCAAGGCGUGUUCAAGAUCCAUUAGCUGAGCUAGUGAAAAUUGAGCCGAAGCACAUUGGAGUCGGAAUGUACCAGCACGACGUAUCCCAGACUUUACUCAAGGCAACCCUGGACAGCAUUGUGGAAGAGUGUGUCAGCUUUGUGGGGGUGGAUAUCAACAUCUGUUCCGAGGUUCUGUUGCGGCAUAUUGCAGGACUUAAUGCCAACAGAGCCAAAAAUAUUAUUGAGUGGCGAGAGAAGAAUGGCCCUUUCAUCAACCGAGAACAGUUGAAGAACGUAAAAGGGCUUGGUCCAAAAUCCUUCCAGCAGUGUGCUGGCUUCAUCAGAAUCAACCAGGACUACAUCCGGACAUUCUGCAGUAGUGGGCCCACUGACUCUUCAGGCCAGAACCACCAGGGAGCUGCCUUGCUCACUGGUGAGAAGCUGGGCAAAAAGAAGACCAAAGCAGAUGUCACCCUCACACCGAACCCACUGGACCAGACUUGCAUCCAUCCGGAAUCCUAUGACAUAGCAGUCAGGUUUUUGUCAUUCAUUGGUGGGACGCUGCAUGAGAUUGGAAAGCCUGAAAUGCAACAAAAAAUAAAUUCAUCUCUUGGAAAUGAAAGUAUAGAGAAGAUUGCAGAGAGGUUACAGACAACAGCACACACCUUACAGGUCAUCAUGGAUGGUCUGAGCCAGCCCGAAGGCUUUGACUUCCGAACAGAUUUUGAUAAACCUGACUUCAAGAGAAACAUAGUGUGUCUGGAAGAUCUACAGGUUGGGACAGUUCUUACAGGCAAAGUCGAGAAUGCCACUCUGUUUGGGGUUUUUGUGGAUAUCGGAGUGGGGAAGUUGGGUCUCAUUCCUAUACGAAGCAUAACAGAAGCAAAGCUAUCUAAAACAAAGAAGAGAAGGAGCCUGGGCUUAGGUCCUGGAGAGAAAGUGGAAGUGAAAGUCCUCAACAUCGACAUCCCCAGAUCUAGGAUUUCGCUGGACCUCCUUCGGGUGUUGUGAGCCCCUCACUGAAGGCCAAGCACCAUUGUGUCUCCUCAUUUCUACAGCUUCAAGGACAAGCCAAAGCUCAGGAAACCUAGACAGCAGAUGAGAGGGGAUCCUGGGUAGAAGUGUUGGUCACACCAUCCUGACUCCUCGUUGAGAACACAACUCCUAAUGUCCUCCCACGGGUUGGGUGGCAGCAGUUUUCUUACCUUUUGUAAUUGCUCAUUGACUACGCUUCUGUAGCAGGUAGCUUCACUUCUCCUGCUAGCAUCUGCUGUCUUGGACCAGGGUGGGUUGUUUUCUUUAUUUGAAAUGCACGAUGCUGGUUGACAUAUCAGGACUAGCAAUCUUUAAUCCUGCCAUUUUUUCAGUUGUUAAAUUAGGACUUUUGCAUACAAUUUAUAAUUUUUUAAUAAUAAUCUUUAUUUUGCCUUACCAAACUGAGCAAAAAUAUACCAGUAAAAGAAAUUAUCAUGUAUUUGUGACCAUCAAGUCAAUGACAGUGUGUUCCUUAGAAGAACUAUGUAUGGCCCUACAAUAAAUGACUGGCCGGUGA